GCCUGGGAUAAGGGGGAGCGCUCCGGCGGCGAGCUCUUGUGCUGCUCUGCUCCACAGCCGGCGAGUCCAGCGGGCGCAGCGAGGGGGUGUUCAUGGCCGAAGAGGGUGCAGCUGGAUGGGGGGCGGAGCUUGGCCCCGAGGGGGCGGGGUCUGAGCGGGGCCCGGGGGAGGGGCCAGCGGGGUGUUCCAGGGGAGGGGCGGGGCCGGGCGCCCCGGAGGCGGAGGCGCAGCUGCAGGAGGCGGUCCUUCGGAAGGCGCAGGGGAACGAGCUGUACCGGGACCGGCGGUACCGGGCGGCGAUCGGGAAGUACCACCGGGCCCUGCUGCUGCUGCGCGGGCUGGACCCCGAGGUGACGGCGCCCAUGAGGAGCUUCGUGGCGCAGAGGGCGGUGCUCAGUGCCCAGCAGGAGGCGCUGCUGAGGAGCACGCAGGUGGACUGCUACAACAACCUGGCAGCCUGUCUGCUGCAGCGCCCCCUGGUGGAUUACGCCCGGGUGCGAGAGUACAGCCUGCGGGUGCUGCGCUGGCGAGAGGGGGACGUCAAGGCGCUGUACCGGGCGGGCGUGGCCACGCUGCAGCUGGGCGACCCGCGCACCGCCAGGCAGUACCUGCUGCAGGCCAGCAGGGGGCAGCCUCACGACGCCAACGUCAGGAAGUACCUCCGGCUCACGGAGGAGAGGCUGAGCAGCGACCACGAGAACCCCUCGCGACGCCUGCUGAGCAGCAGUUCUGUCAAGGCAAAGAAGUUCAUCUCGGCCUAA